AAGGCUGGGGUUGUAUGCUGUAGGAAGUGUUUCUUUGUCUGGAGAGAAAAUGGACUGCAUGAGCGAUGAAGAACUUUCCCAUAUUAUAAAUUCAGUCUCAGUUUUUUAUCGGGUUGGACCUGGUCACAAGCUGAGGAUUGUCAAGGCUUUGCAAAGAAAUGGUGAAAUUGUUGGCAUGACUGGUGAUGGUGUCAAUGAUGGCGUUGCUCUGAAAAAAGCUGAUAUUGGUAUUGCAAUGGGAAAAGCUGGUACUGAUGUUUGCAAAGAAGCAGCUGAUAUGAUUUUAGUCGAUGAUGACUUUUUUACAAUAAUGGCAGCUAUAGAAGAGGGGAAAGGGAUAUUUUAUAAUAUCAGAAAUUUUGUGCGUUUUCAACUUAGCACGAGCAUUGCAGCCUUGUCGUUAGUUGCCCUUUCUACAUUUAUGCAUAUUCCUAAUCCUUUGAAUGCCAUGCAAAUAUUGUGGAUUAAUAUAAUAAUGGAUGGCCCUCCAGCUCAAAGCUUGGGAGUAGAACCAGUUGACCAUGAUGUUCUAAAACAACCUCCUAGGAAUGUCAAAGAGCCAAUGAUUACUCGAGAUCUUAUCAUAAAUGUUAUAAUGUCAGCUCUUAUAAUCAUUACUGGCACUAUGUGGAUCUUCAGAAGAGAGAUGAGUGAUAUGAUGGUCACGCGGAGAGAUACUACAAUGACAUUCACUUGUUUUGUUUUCUUUGACAUGUUUAAUGCACUGAGUUGUAGAUCACAGACCAAAUCAAUAUUUACUAUAGGUCUGUGUAGCAACAGAAUGUUUCUAAUAGCAGUUACAGGAUCUGUCAUCGGCCAAUUACUAGUAAUUUAUUUUGCACCAUUACAGAGGAUAUUUCAGACAGAAGCUUUGCCAUUAUCAGAUAUUCUGAUGCUUGUGGCUUUGACGUCAUCGGUUUUUGUCGUUGCAGAAAUUAAAAAAUUUAUAGAAAGAGCUAUUCUUCGAAGACAAACAGAAAAAAGAUUCUUUGACUCUGAUUAUGUAUAAAUAUUAGUUUAAUUUUCUGCAGAAAUUUUUCAUUGUAGAGUUUUUAUAUGACUGUAAAUUUGUUCUUUUAUUUGUAGCUUAAAUUUUGUCUUUAUUCUUUAAACUGCUAUUUAAUUUAAUUUUUUUUAAUGAAAUAUUAUCAUAAGAUUGAAAAUGUGAAAAAUAUUCAAUGUGCAUAGUAAGACUUUGUUUUUCUGCUUAUAUCUAACUGUUUCAGGUUCAUAUUUCUGUUUUAUUAUUCAGAACAUAUUUUAUUAAAUAGUGCAUCAUUCUUCAAUUUCUUAUAUUUUAUAAAUCAUAAAACCAUUUUCACAAUUGCCUUAAAAUGUUCACGCUUUCACCAUGCUUAAGCAAAAUUUUUGGAUACUGUAAAGCUAUUUUAAUUGUGUCAAAAAGUGCUAGGAAAUUACUUUGUAUGUGUGCAUGUGUUUGUGUAUAUAUCUGUACAUGGUAUUUAUUGCAUAAUGUGCAUCAAAUUGCACUUAUGGAGUUUCUGUGAUACAGUGUUUCUGCUGAGAUAAUUAUAAAAUAUUAAACUGUGGCUUUAUUUUUUUUAUUUCGGCAUUUAACUUUUUUCUGUUUUUUACCAAAAUUUUAAAAUAGCUUGUGUACUUACUUUAGUAAUGUAUGUAUGAAAAAAAUGCUCAAUUGUCUAUAUUAUUGGCCUCCAUUACUUUACUUCAUGUAUGUAACUGAAAAUAAAGACUUUAAUUCAAAUCACAUAAUGGUAAAUGUAAUGAAAGUAUUUUAUAUACUUAGGUAAUAGAGAUUUCAAGACAAGCAGUUUUUUGAACAUGUGGAGAUAGAUUAAAAAAAAAAGUUGUAGGAAUAAUAUAAAAAAGCCAUAUAUAUAUAUAUAUAUAUAUAUGGUAUAUGUAUAUAUAUUAAAAUACCAUUUAGGAAAAUAGAAGUUGUUGAAGUUAUCUAUGAACUGCUUAUCUGCUGAACAGUCUGAACUAGAAUACCUUUUUAGUGCAAGAUGUAAAUCAUUUAACCAUUUGUUACUGAUUAUGUUUUUACCCAUCUGAAAAAGUGUGCUUAUAUAUUCAGUACAACAAAAAAGUGUGGAUAUAGUUUCUCAACAAAGUUGCUUUGUAUAUUUCACAUCUGUUUUAAUAAAAGCAGAAGAAUAAAUUGAUGACAGCCAUGAUAUUUCAUUUCACUCUGCUUAUAUAAAAAAAUUGUAAUAUUUUUCGUGAAAAUAGUAAAAUGAAAUAGACUAAAAAUCUAUUUCUUGUAAAUUACGUUGACUGUAAGAUCAUCUUCAGCUUUAUGUAUUGUGUAUAGCUCUUUAUUCAUUGCAUAAUUUUUAUAUUGUAAUUUCUAAGAAAUUUUAAAAUGUGUAUCAAAAUUUAGUAUCAAAAAUGACAAAAGAUAAGAUUUUUUAAACAUACUCAUAAAUUUUUACUUUUAAAUAUCUCGCUUCACAAAUUACGGACCAUUUCAGUAAAAUCAUAGCUCAGUACAUGUUGUAAUACAUUGCUUUUCAAUGUAUUUUUUUUUACUUUGUAUAUAGAUUAUGUAUUUUGUAUAUAUACUGUUAAUUGUUGCUGUAAAAAACGUUUUGAAGGGUAAUUUCUACAUAUGUGUUUAUAUUAAAUGAAGAAUUUGUAUUUAUGUGAGAGGAAUGAUGCCAACAUAAUGAAAUAUUUUAAUGAGCUAUAGAUAGUUCCUUUUUCUGUAAUAUUAAAACUUAAAUUUCAUAUCUAGUUCGAACGUUUACAAAUUUUAUGAAUUUCUAACUACAAAUUGCAGGUUUUUCUAUCUUAAAACAUGAUUUGUACAGAAAACAGACAGUUAUAAACCAUAAGAUUGAAUCAUUAAUCUUUUAAAAUUCUGUUACUAUUUCCACCCCCUACAAUCAAAAAUUAAGUUAAUAAGACAGUUACAAAAAGGGAGAGAAAAAAAGUGUUAUAUAUGCCUUAUACUGUGGUGAAAUUAAUAAUAUUUCACUUAAUUUCCCUCCUCAUUUGUGCAUUUUUAUGUGAUCCUUAUCGCUUCUGUAUUUCUAAUUCCUUCUAAAUCUAGGUCUAAAUUUCUUAAACUUCAUCACAAAAGAUUAAAUUUGUGAGUUUAUGCAGGUUUUCUUAAAUUGAUCGGGGAUGUAGGGAAAUGAGAAAAGUGUUCUAAAUCAUAGCUAUUGCAUUGUUUCCACUGCAUAGAAAAGUAUAGCUGAAUUGUUUACGACAGUACUCCUCCCUCCUUCAGAAAAUUUUAGGUUUACAUUGUCCUGAGUAUGGUAUAAAGUGUUACUUUGGCCGUCAUAACUCUGUUUCCUAAAGUGCACUAGAAUAAACCGCUUCAUAGCUUAGUAAAUGGUCAUUAUAAUAUUCUAAUAGAAGACCCGUUACUAGUUCUCAGUGGGACAUAUUUCUGACUACUAGUGCAUCCUGCUCCAAAAAAGCUUCUUUUUAAAAUUUCAAGAAUCAAUUUGAAAUCUCUCUAUUUAUUUGCUUGUGCCCAUCAGUAAGUUGUUAGAGGACUUAUUCUGUAGUGAUAUCUGAAGUCUUCAUGAAGUAUGGUAUUCUGGGAUGAUUGAUUUCAGAAGGAAACUGUAUUCUAUGUCAGUUUUGGAAUUGGCUAUUCACUGUGUGAAUAUCAAUGAGUGACCAAGCUGAGAUUUCCAGUCGCAUUCUUCCUGUGUGAAACCUUUCUAGAGAUAUCCUAUUAAGUCAUGUUAUUCUAUUAGUUAUUAUCAUUCAAGGAUUUUAAGAGGAUCUCUCUUCUAAGAAACAUUAUGAUGUAUUUUUAACAGCUGUGCAACUCAGAAAUGGAGAAUCUGAGCUUAAUUAAUUUUGACUUAACUAAUCUAAACACAAAUUGCUACAUAUGUUGUUCGGAUUACACAUUAGCCAUUGUGAAUGUACAAUACUGUCUAUUGUAUUUUGUAUGUAAUUUUUGUCUAUGUAAUUUUGAGUUCAGGGGAUUUAUGUACACAAUACUUUUAUUUUACAUACAAAAUAAGGGCAUCUAGGGAAGAUUCAUCAGUUCCUAAUAAGCUUAAACCUAGUAUUACAUAAGGAAUUAACAUUUGAUUCUUUUUUUAUAAUUAGCUGCAAAGAUUUAACAGCAGCAGUUUUUAAUGGACUGUUGAUUAAAUUAAUUUACAUUAAAGAAAAAGCAGAUUAGCUUAAAUUCUAAUCCAAUGAUUGGUACUGUGAUAUCCAAUUAUUGGUAUUUUUAAUAUUUAAAAAAAACCUCAUUAGAAUAGGAUAAGUGGAGUCCUGAGAGUAACCUACAUGGGAACUUCUUAUAGGUUGAAUUAUGACAUUUGUGUUGCCAAAAUAUAGUAUAAUUAUUCUGCCAGUAGAGAUUAUUUGUUUUAUUUUUGUAAAAAUAUCAGCAUCUUUAUAAGUACUUUAUGUGUAUUAGCUAUAAGGGGGCGUUUUUGUUUUUUCAUGAGUUUAAUUAUUGUUACAGAAAUCUGUACUUGGAUUUGAAAAACGGUGUUCAUAUGUAAUGUAUGAUAAUCACCACUCUCUUGGCAUUUAUGCAUCAAGAAAUUUAUUGCAUACUAUUAUGUAAGAAACAUUUUUAUUCAAACACAAAUUUUCCUGCAAUAUACAGACUCACUAUGUUAGUAAUCACGCAAAAAGAUAAUAAAAUUGUCAUGACCUGCCUUUUUA